CAAAAUUAAAAAUCCAGAAACAGAAGUGGAAGUUGUGUUGUGUGGUGUUUCUGGGAAUUAAGUGUCUUCUACAAUAACCAUAAUCUCUUUCUCAAACUCUUCCAUACUUUUCAAUUUCAAUUUCAACUUCAAUUAUCAAAUUGUCUCCAUGUCCGACGCUUAUUGGAGAUACCCCGAAUCACGCCACGCCCCUUCUUCCGUCGCCGGCAAGCGCUCUCGUUCCGAUUACGAUGUCUCUGGCGUUCAUGACUUGCCCAGUUACUUUCCCCAAGAUGACGAUAGAGCAGGGCUACGCGCAAUUAGAGAUACUGAAUCCCUUGAUGCAUCCUAUGAGCGUUACCUACGUAGUGCGCAAGUUUCGUCUUAUGGUGCGGGACAGUCUACUAGAACCAUUGGUGGGCGAAUUCCCAGUCAUGCUAUUGAUGAUUCACAUGUCACAAGCAUUGGGGGUAUAGACAGGGGAACAAAUCCAAAAGACAAAAUCUUGGGAUUAAGUAGUGGAAGGGCGGACCUUUCUCUUCCACCUGAUGCUACCAGUACACUGUUUGUGGAGGGUUUACCUUCCAACUGUACAAGACGGGAAGUAGCUCAUAUUUUUCGUCCUUUGGUUGGAUACAAAGAAGUCAGACUUGUCAGCAAGGAAUCGAGACAACCUGGAGGUGAUCCACUGGUACUUUGUUUUGUCGAUUUUAUGAGUCCAGCUCAUGCAGCAAGUGCAAUGGAUGCAUUACAGGGUAAGAACUCUUUGUCCUUUGGUCUUGUAAUGACAUCCUCAUGCUGCUCAUGCAUGUCUUGGCCAAUCCCGUAUCUUCCAUUUCUUUAUUUCCUUCAGUGUGACAAAUUUAAAAAAAUUGCAGCAGAACAAUUUUCUGGAACAUUACGUACAUUGUGUGGGAAAACCGAUCUAUAUGUUUUGAUUUCUUUGUUGUUCGUGUUCUUCUCACGUCAGUGUCUCAAGCGAGUGUGCUGCUUCUAGAUAAUAUAUGCAGGAUUGGAUUUGGGUAAUAGAUAAAACCACUUGCCUGAUAUAGGGUAGGGCAGGGUUUAGGAUUUGACUACUGCCAGAAACAUGCUCAGUGGACAUGAAUGAAGAAAUUAUUGCGAGGGCAUUAAGUAAGCAUCUGGAUAAGAGUGGGGAGUACUACUUGGUGGCGUUUAUGAUAAAUUAAAAACCAGCAUUAUAUUUAACCUUACGCUAAAGAUUUCUUAUCUACCACAUUUUUGGGGGAUGGAGCUGGUUUGGCUCAGAUGAAAAUGGCAAUCAACUUUAGAAGGGUGGCAGUAUGCUUUACAUUAAACUAAAAUCAUGACAAUGAAUUUUAUCCACUCCUCGCUUUCUUUGUCGAGCUGAAUGAUGAACCUGACACCGAUAUCUUAUCAUUUCUGGUUGAAAGAUUGUGGGGGCUAGAUUAUGAAUACCAUCCGUUUGACAUUUCCAUAUUAUGGGAGGCAGCUCCCUUCCUGGUUUUGAGUAAUCUAUCCGGGUCGCUCAUUGGUUGCAUUGAAUGCUGAUGGCUAAGGGCAUGUUUAACGAAAUCCGCUGUAGCAGUCUGUCAUUUUCGUUUGUCCUUCCAACUAUAAGCACAGUAAGGAUUAUUUCGUCAAAAACACGCUUUCAUGUCACUGUUUAUUGUUUGUUCCUGCUGCAUAGAUAAUUAAGCUAGAAUAGGAUAUAUGUUUGAAAUAUUCUUUCACUGAAAACCCAAUGGCGGAGAGUGUCCAACAUUAGACAUUUACUGAAGGUCACUCACCCUUCCUUCUUUUAAGUAGCAAGUUUGAUCCCUUUGGUAAUGAGUGAGGGACUCGCAUUUUCACCUAUGUUGGAUAAUUGGGUUUGAACGUUUUCACAGAUGUAUUUCAGGUUUAUUAUGUCUUAAGCUGAGGUAAGAUAUAGCACACGUCUCAUAUCAUCUACCUAUUGACACCUUAAUCCGCCGUUCCGAACGUGGCCUGUUGUUCAGCGUAAAACAAUAAACGUU